ACCAAACGCCUUUUUUCCAUCUCUCUCUAGUUUCUCUCUCUCUCUCUCUCUCUCUCUUGUACUUUCUCUCUUCUUUUUCUCUCAAAACAAGCUUCGAAAAUGGCGUCGGUCAAGUGGUUUCUUCUCUGCAUUUUCUUCACCGCCGCUUCUGCUAAUGUUCAAAUUGUUAGAGUGACAGAUAACCCUGCUGAUCAGCUGGUAGAUGUGCUGAACAAGAACAGGACCUCAAAGAAACUGCCUUCACUAUACAGCAACCCUGGCCUGGCAUGCAUUGCCCUGCAAUACAUAAAGGCCUAUCAAGGCGACUGCAAGGCGGUCGGCGGAGGCUGGGACUCCAAGAAGCCUCCGGAAUCUGCGUUCCCCGACACGUUCUCCCCGGCGUGCGGCGUGGACGCGAACACCCUCUCGAGAAUAACGGGCCGCUUCCUCGGGUGCCAGUCCGAGUACGUGGGCCCCGCGCGCGCGUUCUCGGACAUCCUCAUCAGGAGCCAGAAGAGCUUUGGUAUCCUCUACAGAAAGAACCACACCGAGGUCGGGGCUGCCGUGAGUGGCUCGGACGGCGGGGGCCCGUACUUCUGGUGCGUGCUGUUCAGCAACGGGAAGUCGAACGCGAGCUUCGUGUUCGAGGGGGGCGUGGCGAAGGCGUCGAAGCCCGGAUGCUACAGUGGGGCCAACGAAGUUCAUGUGUCUCCAUAUUGUUUUGGUUAAAUACCAUUGUUAAUCAAUCAUAGGCUUUAGUAAGAUUAUAUCAUUUUUACCUUUGACUCACUUCAUUCAAUUUUUCCACCAUGGUUACCUUCACGCGUGAUGUUCUUUCCACGUUUAGCUCAUUAGCUGUAUAUUCUUCAUCAAGAUUGAAGAAUAUGGGAGAGAAGAAAAGAAACUUUUUUUUCCUUUUUUGAGAAAAUAGAAACUUAAUGAAACUAACCAAUUAAG